AAUGGUGGGAUUUAAAUAAGCCGAUUCAAAGGCUAACCCCAUGUCUUCGAUUCCUCCAAAAAACAAGAAAUAAACCCCAAAUCUCCUCCUUUUUCUUCUUCUUCGCUCAUAGUUACACCAAAUUCUCUGCUAAACCCAUCUUCAUCGCUUGCUCUGUUCUUGAAAUUGAAAAAAAUUGAAGAAGAAAACAGAGAUAUGAAGAUCCACUGUGAUGUUUGCAACAAAGAAGAAGCCUCUGUUUUUUGCCCCUCCGACGAAGCCGCCCUCUGCUCUGCCUGCGACCACCACGUCCACCGAGCCAACAAGCUCGCCGAGAAACACAGCCGAUUCACACUCUUCCGAUCCACUCCCACCGCCAAUUCACCGCCGUCGUGCGAUAUCUGCCAGGUCCGGCGAGCGUUUCUAUUCUAUCUUGAAGACAGAGCAAUCCUCUGUAGAGAAUGCGACAUUCCAAUUCACGGCGCAAGCGAACACACCCAGAAACACAGCCGGUUUCUUCUCACUGGUGUGAAGGUUUCACCGUCGCCGGCGACUUCCUCUUCCUCCUCCUCUAUCUCCGGCGGCGGCGAUGAAAGCGAGGAGGUCACAAUUGAAGCUGAAAUUGGGAUCUUUAAGGCGAGAUCGAGGAAGGAGGCGAAAAUGGGGUCAAAAGGGUUGCUUCGAGGUCCUCUAAUGGAGGAUUUGCAGGCACCGAUUGUGGGGAAUUUUGGUGGGAUGAGUGAAAAUGGGGUUUCGUUUUCGACAAGUAACAUAUCGGAGUAUUUGGAGAGCUUGCCGGGUUGGUGCGUGGAGGAGUUUCUUGAUUCUUCGUGUGUUGCUGAUGUUUUCUGUAAAGUUUGAAGCUUUUUUUAGAGAGAGGGGAAAGAUGGAAGAAUGAUUCCGACCGCCACAAUGCCACUUUAAACUUUCAUCUGUUCCUAAUAGUCUUGUCGUGAGAGCUUUCUUUUGUAGUCAUUACGAGUUUAUUUUACCCUUUCAGUUCUUCAUAUGUAUAGUUACCUUCUUUAUG